AUGGCUUCAGGUCUACAUCCAGCGGGCGUUCCAGACUGGAACAACCUCGAUAUCCUUCACAAGAACACGCUGCCUGCACGCGCAUACUUUCACAACUACAAGUCCGAGGCCGAUGCACUUAGUUCCGAUGUGAACAAGUCGACGACACAUAGCCUCUCCGGCACGUGGAAAUUCCAGCAUUCAUUCUCACCAUUCGAAGCUCCUGAAGGCUUUGAGUCGACUACAUUCGACACAUCAUCAUGGAGCGACAUUGCUGUGCCAGGCAUGUGGCAGUUGCAGGGCUUUGGCAAAGGCCCCCAGUAUACGAACGUCAUUUAUCAUAUCCCAGUCGAUCCUCCCAACGUGCCGUUUACCGAGAAUGAGACUGGAUCGUACGUUCGUAAGUUCAAGAUUCCGAAAGAAUUGCAGGACGGUCAACUUCGACUCCGAUUUGAAGGUGUUGACGCUGCUUUCCAUGUCUGGAUCAAUGGGAAAGAAGUCGGAUAUUCCCAGGGUAGCAGAAACCCGGAUGAGUUUGACAUUACCUCGAUUGUCAAGCUCAAUGCCGAAAACACUCUGGCCGUUAGAGUGUAUCAACAUUGCGAUGGAACUUAUAUUGAAGAUCAAGACCAGUGGUGGCUGAGUGGCAUAUUCCGUGAUGUCUUCUUGGUGGGUUUCCCCAAGACGUCGCGCAUCGAGAAUGUCUUUGCACAGACGAUUUUGGAUUCAUCCUACACCGACGCCGAGCUAAAAGUCAAAGUCAGCGCGACCGGACCUGGCAAGCUCACAGCGAGGCUUUUGGAUGCAAAGAAGCAGGAAGUUGCCUCAUCAGAAGCCGACAUCAAGAGUGAUGAUGUGACUCAACUCAGCUUUCAGGUCAAGGAUCCUUUAAAGUGGACUGCCGAAUCGCCGAACCUAUAUCAUCUCGUCGUCUCUACCGGUGAUCAAGUUGUCGCCCAACGCAUCGGUUUUAGACAGGUCGAGAUGAAGGACGGCUUGAUCAAAGUCAACGGCAAGAGAAUUGUCUUCCGCGGAGUUAACCGUCAUGAGCAUCACCCCACUUGUGGUCGCGCGGUGCCGUAUGAUUUCAUGAAGGAAGACCUUCUGAUCAUGAAGCGCCACAAUAUCAAUGCUAUCCGUACUUCUCAUCAGUUGAACGACCCACGAUUGUACGAUCUUGCGGACGAGAUGGGUUUCUGGGUCAUCGAUGAAGCGGACCUGGAGUGCCACGGUUUUGAAAGUAUCGCUGAUGCUGCGUUAUCGAAAGAAGAGCGCAACCUACCAUUCCGCGAGCGCCAGCUUUUAACUAGGUCGAAGGCCGCAGAAUGGACAACCAACAACCCAGCCUGGACGCACGCAUACGUGGACCGUGCAGAGGCACUCGUCAAGCGGGACCAGAUGCAUCCAUCAGUCAUCAUAUGGAGUCUCGGUAACGAAGCUUUCAUGGGACGCAACUUCGUGGCCAUGUACGAACACAUCAAAAAAUACGACGGCAGCCGGCCUGUCCACUACGAAGCGGACAUCUACGCAGAUACCAUGGACAUGUACUCCAGAAUGUAUCCCCCAAUCGACGAGAUCAUCAAGUUUGGUGAAGACAAGGAGAAGAAGAAGCCACUGGUUCUUUGCGAAUAUAUCCACGCCAUGGGUAACGGUCCCGGUAACAUCAAAGAAUACGUUGACGCCUUCUAUAAGUACCCAACUCUGCAGGGAGGUUUUGCAUGGGAGUGGGCGAAUCACGGUCUUCUUACCAAGGACAAGCAGACAGGUGAAGAGUUCUAUGCCUAUGGUGGCGACUUUGGUGAAGAAGUUCACGAUGCAACGUUCGUCAUGGACGGUCUUGUCAACUCCGACCAUUCGCCCAAUGCAGGCUUGAUUGAGUACAAGAAAGCUAUCGAACCUGUGCAGCUUCUGGAAUCGAACAGUUCGAAGGCUACGUUUAUCAACCGGUACGAUUUCAUCACGCUCGACCACUUGAGCUGUCAGUACACAUCAACGUCCGCAUCUGGAAGUGAAAGUGUAUCGGGAAGCCUAGAAAUUCCUUCUGGUAUUUCGCCUGGCCAGACCUUUGAUGUACAGCUUCCAAAGAUCGAAGGAUCAGAAGAGGAAGUUUUGCUUAGCAUCUCGUUUCAGCUGAAGGAGGCUACGCCAUAUCUCAAGGCAGGUUUCGAGAUCGCGACAGCACAGAUACCCGUUACGCCAGUAACACCGUUGAAGCGACCUCAGUCAUCGGGCAAGCAAUUCACUGUUGAGACACCGUCCAGGAACACCCUCAAGAUCACGACGGAUCAAGCCACUUGGGAGUUUAACACUCUUCAUGGUAGUCUCACUUCCUGGGUACAAGGUUCUACCGAGCUUCUCUCCAAGGCACCAGAAAUCGACAUCUUCCGCGCGCCUACUGAUAAUGACAUUCCACAAGACGGUUGGGAUUGGAAAGACAAGCAACUGCAUCACGCGAAGCCUUUUACUCGCAAGGUUGAAUGGUCACAGUCUGGCUCGGAAGCUCUCAAGAUUACCGUACAUCAACGUGUCGCUCCUCCAGUUCUCUCUUGGUCUAUCGACUGCGUUCUUACGUACACUUUCAGUGCCAGUGGUACUCUGUCUGUGCAUGUCACCGGUACACCAAAGGGUGAGAACCUACCUCGUACCCUCCCACGCAUCGGCCUUGUUAUGGAGCUACCUAAGCAGUUCCAACAAGUCGAGUGGUUCGGCCGCGGUUUCGAUGAAUCCUACCGCGACAGCAAACUCUCGCAACCCGUGGGCAAGUACACAGCAUCCAGCAUCGACGAACUCUGGGUGGACUACGAAGUACCUCAGGAAUCGUCAAACCGCACAGAUACUCGUUAUCUCAGCCUCACAAAUGGUAGCGGCGCAGGUCUGCUCGCUCAAUUCGCGGAUAAAAAGACUGAACAGAGGAAGCUGUUUGACUUUCAGGUCACCCAUUACAGGAUGAAGGAUGUUGCGGCUGCGGACCACCCGCAUGAGCUAAAGAAGAAAAAGCUGGAGGAAGUUGUGCUUAGAUUAGAUGCGGAACACCAUGGACUGGGCAGUGGAAGCUGUGGACCGAGGACACUGGACGAGUAUAGUCUAAUGUGCGAACCUUUUGAGUUUGAGGUCGUAUUGCAGGCUCCGUAG